AUGAUGAUGAGUAACAAGGAAGUGUCAGCUUGCAUACCUUUACAUGUGAAUGAUUUGACCUUUUUUACUAUCUGUCUGUCUGUUGUUCCUCCAUCUGUUCUUCACCUCCCCAGUCCAGAUGACCUGUCCGAGUUGCUAGCGGAGGGAACCAAGGAGUCCCACGACAGAGCAGAGAACUGCCAGUUUGUCAAAGACUUCCUCAGGGGACGCAUCCAAAGAGAACUGUUUAAGCGGGGCACAGUGGCGCUCUACUUUGUCUAUACUGCCAUGGAGGAGGAGAUAGAGAGGAACAGGGACCACCCCCAGUUUGCCCCCAUCUACUUCCCCACUGAGCUGCACCGACGUGAGGCUCUGGCCCGGGACCUGGAGUACUUUUAUGGAGAAGACUGGGAGAACCAGGUCACCUGCUCCCCGGGCACCCAGCCAUAUGUAGACCGCAUCCACGAAGUGGGACGUGAAGACCCGGUCCUGCUGGUGGCCCACUCCUACACCCGCUACAUGGGUGACCUCUCUGGGGGUCAGAUCCUUAAGAAGGUGGCACAGCGGGCGCUGAAGCUGCCCUCUAGUGGCGAGGGGCUGCACUUCUACCAGUUUGAGGGCAUCCACAGCACCAAGGCCUUUAAACAGUUGUACAGGAGCAGGAUGAACGAGCUGGAGAUGGACCAGGAGACCAAGGAGAGGAUCAUAGCCGAGUCUAACCUGGCCUUCAAGUUCAACAUGGAGGUGUUCACAGAGCUGGAGGAGGCAGGGAAGAGCAUCAAGGAGGAGGUGUUGGACGCAGGGUUCCCAGGACAUGGCCAUGGGGACAUGGACGGAGACAUUAACAAGUGCCCUUACUACUCUGCCAAAAUGGUGGCCAGUGGCAACACUAACUUUGCCUGUCAGUUAGCCAUGAUGCUGCUGAGACAUCCUGUUGGUCAGAUGGUUCUGGCCAGCUGGGCGGCUGCUGUCGCCGGAUUGGCUGCCUGGUACCUCAUGUGAUCUGUCACGGACUGAUUCAGCCAAUCAUAUGUUUAAAGGGCGGAAGACUCAACAAGGAAAUGGUGGACUUCUGGAGGAGGAUGGCCAAGCUUUGUCCAGACUAAUGAACUUGUUCCCUCCCUCAAUCCUUUUCAUUCUUUAUUUCUCUCACUCCCUUCGUUGCUGUGUUGAUACCAGCUGGUUGUUGUAGUAAUGAUGUUACUGUAACGUUGUAGGUUAUGAACCCGUCUUUAAUGAAUCUUUUCACUGCCCACAUGCAGAUGAUCUCCUUAGUAAUGUCCUCUUCAGUACUUAUCACCUGCACUAUUCUGCUUAUCAACACUGAAUAGUUACAUUGUUCAACUUUCAUUUAUGGCUGUAAGUGUGUAUUGAAACUAUACUGUACUUGCAGUACAGUGUAUUUUAGGCAUAUACAGUUGAAGUCGGAAGUUUGCAUACACUUAGGUUGGAGUCAUUAACAUUUGUUUUUCAGCCACUCCACAAAUUUCUUGUUAACAAACUAUAGUUGUGGCAAGUCGGUUAGGACAUCUACUUUGUGCAUGACACAAGUAAUUUUCCCAGCAAUUGUUCACAGACAGAUUAUUUCAUUUAUAAUUCACUGUAUCACAAUUCCAGUGGGUCAGAAGUUUACAUACACUAAGUUGACUGUUUAAACACCUUGGAAAAUUCCAGAAAAUAAUUCCAUGGAUUUAGAAGCUUCUGAUAGGCUAAUUGACAUCAUUUGAGUCAAUUGAAGGUGUACCUGUGGAUGUAUUUCAAGGCCAACCUUCAAACUCAGUGCCUCUUUGCUUGACAUCAUGGGAAAAUCAAAAGAAAUCCGCCAAGACCUCAGAAAACCAAUUGUAGACCUCCACAAGUCUGGUUCAUCCUUGGGAGCAAUUUCCAAACGCCUGAAGGUAUCACGUUCAUCUGUACAAACAAUAGUAUGCAAGUACAAACACCAUGGGACCACGCAGCCAUCAUAUCGCUCAGGAAGGGGACGCGUUCUGUCUCCUAGAGAUGAAUGUACUUUGGUGCGAAAAGUGCAAAUCAAUCCCAGAACAACAGCAAAGGACCUUGUUAAGAUGCUG